AUGGGUAAGAAGGACAAAAAGUCCGCUGAGCAUAAAGCUCGAGUGGCGGCUAAGCAGUCCAAGAAAACUGCUCAAAAGGAAAAGAAGUCCAAAGUCAAAGGCAAGGAUGCAGACAGCGACGCCGAGGAUGCCGAUCUGGAUGCGAUCCUGGCUCAGUAUGCUGAGGAGCAAGCCAGGUUCUUGAAGGUGACAGAAAUUGUGUCCGAACCUCCUGCUCCACGCUCAUCGGCCACUGUUCUUGCGUCGCCGUCUAAUCGUAAUGAGUUAUUGCUCUUUGGCGGCGAGUACUUUGAUGGAACACAUGCAACAUUCUUCAAUAACCUCUUCGUCUACUUGAUCGAUCGGGGUGAAUGGAGGGAGGUGACUAGCCCCAACAGCCCUUUGCCCCGAAGUGGACAUGCAUGGUGUCGUGGAGGUAACAGCGGAGGUGUAUAUCUGUUUGGAGGCGAAUUCUCAUCGCCCAAGCAGGGUACUUUCUACCAUUACAAUGACUUCUGGCAUUUGGACACCGCCACUAGGGAAUGGACCCGUCUGGAGACCAAGGGCAAGGGUCCUCCUGCUCGAAGUGGUCAUCGAAUGACUUACUACAAGAACUAUAUCAUCCUGUUUGGCGGAUUCCAAGACACUUCCCAGCAGACAAAGUACCUGCAGGAUCUGUGGAUCUAUGAUUGCCAAAAAUACACCUGGUUCAGCCCAACGUUGUCAACGGCAUCGCAGAAGCCUGAUCCCCGGUCUUCAUUCUCCCUGCUUCCGCAUGAAACUGGUGCCGUAAUCUACGGUGGUUACUCUAGAGUGAAGGCAACCGCCGGCGGUGGUGGCGGCAAGCAAGUUAAGGGUGGUGCUCAAAAAAUGGUGCUGCGUCCCAUGGUUCAUCAAGAUACCUGGUUCCUCAGAAUUACACCACCAGCAUCCGAUGCCCCGGCAGCUGCUGUCCCCACAAUUCGUUGGGAGCGGAGAAAGAAGCCCGCUAAUACGCCAAAUCCGGCUCGCGCAGGAACAACUAUGGCGUACCAUAAAGGUCGUGGUAUCAUGUUUGGCGGAGUCCAUGAUGUCGAACUGAGUGAAGAGGGUAUUGACAGCGAGUUCUUCGAUUUGCUGUUUGCAUGGAACACAGACCGCAAUCGAUUCUUCCCAUUAAGUCUGCGACGACCACGCGCACCUGGCAAGAAACAGCAAGCGAACCAGGUCAAAUCUCGGGACAGAGGCAAGGCUGACGAGGAAGAGCUUCUGAGGAAUCUUAAAGCACUAGAAGCCAAGGGUGGUUUCCGUGAUGAUGACGAUGACGAUGAUGAGCUGAUGCAGUUGAGCACGCCUAAAGAAGAACCUGCUGAGCCUUCUAAGCCCGCUGUGGUCCGCUUCGAGAUGCCCCAUAGGCGCUUCAACGCACAACUUGCGGUGCAAGAUGACACGCUAUUUAUCUACGGCGGUACCUUUGAGAAGGGCGAUCGGGAGUUCACCUUCGAUGACAUGUAUUCUAUUGACCUCGUCAAGCUGGAUGGCGUCAAGGAGUGCUUCUACAGGGAGCCUGUGAACUGGAACCUCAUGGACGAAGACGAGGAUAGUGAUGAAGAUAUGGACGAUGAGGAUGAGGAUGAGGAGAUGGAUGACGAAGAAGGCGAAUCUAUGUCUCUUGAUGCCUCAUCCCCUGCCCCGGCCGAUGUGACUGUGCCGUCGGUCACCCAGGAUAUGCAGCAGCUGGAAGUCGAGGAACAGGAAACCGACGCCCAGCCGGACGACAGCCGGCCAUUACCUCGACCUUUCGAGAGUCUCCGUGAAUUCUUUAGUCGUACUUCUGAAGAAUGGCAAAGACUGCUCAUCGAAGCCAUGGCACUGAAAGGUCGGAAUGACGAGAAGAGCAUCAAGGAGUUGCGCAAGGAUGCAUUCAAUAUGGCAGAGGAGAAAUGGUGGGAUAGCCGAGAAGAGAUCAUGGCUCUCGAGGAUGAACAAGAAGCAGCCGGUAUCGGAGAGGUGGUUAGUAUGGCUGAUCGGGCUGAGAAUGUUGGGGGAGCUGGUCGCCGUCGGUGA